AUGCAUUUCUGUGCUAACAUUUAUCAUCCCUCCUUCACUCUUUGCUAUGUGUGUGCUGCAUAUCCCCAUCUCCCCAUAUACUUGGUUAGCCUGCACUUUUGCCUUGCAGAAGAUCUGAGUUUUGACUCUCUACUGCCGGCAUUACUGUGGUAUAAGGGCCAUUCUUUGCUUGCUCGUCGGCAGCUUCAGGGUGAAUCAGCCAAAUCCAACUCCAGUGACCCCAGUAUAAAUGCAGGCGCCGAGGAAGAGGAAACAUGGUUUCACAGUCUAGCGCCGACACCUGACAACCUUCUUUGUCUGGCAGUCUCAGCUUUUAUUCACUCAAGUCUAUUUGCAGACUUGUCGCGAGCCGAACGUGCCUCAUUUCUUUCCUCACUUCACCGGCAGCUGAUGAUACUUGUUGAAGAUGAAGGUGAAGGAGAAAAGCAUGAACAAAAAGGAAGGGGAUUUUUUUCUGUUGCUUUGGCGAACAAUACAGUAAUGCAUGACCUUGAUGUUGCCGAUUCUCCAAUCAAUGGAAGACAAAUUAGGCCUUCGAUAGAAAGGCUACUUCGCCUAGAAAAACAGAAUCGCAGAAUUGAUGGAUUUCGACGCCUAAUUGAGGUCGUUCGGGUCAUUUCUCACGAUACCCUCUAG